CUUCUUUCUUUUAUAGGGACAACGACGGAUUCAUACCGCAAAACUCGAGAAUUCUUCCUUCUUAAAAUCUCAUUUUCUCCAACUUCUGUAUAGAUCGAUUCCAAUAUUUUUUUUUUUCAUUUGUACAUUUUCUAUAAUACAUAUAAAACAUCAAAUCUGUAUGGGAAAUUCGGGUUCCUGUUUGCGUGAUCUGUAAUUUAUUGGUUCGGGAUCGUGAUCAAGGAACUGGUGGUUGAUAGCUUUUUUUUUGGUCUUGCUAGUGAUAUGCAUAUCUGAGAGAUGGUGUUCAAGAGGAAGUUAGAUUGCGUAUCUGUUGGCUUUGAUUACCCCAAUAUUCCCAGGGCUCCUCGUUCAUGCAGGAGGAAGGUUUUUAACAAGAGGACCGAUGAUGACAAUCAGAUGUGUGGAAUGGACUUGCUCGCUUCUCUAGCUGGAAAGUUGCUACAGGAAUGCGAGAGUUCCUCAGCGUCUUCCAAUGCAUUUGAAGGGAAUAAUCACGAGAAUUUCAGUAAAGAAAUGAAACAAGAACAAGAAGAGAAAUAUAAGCCUUUUAAAUCUGAGUCUUCUGACCUAGGAAACUCUGUGUCGAGGCCUGCAUAUGAAAACACUAGUGAGAAGUGUGUGGUUAACAGUUUUUCAUUUCCGGAUAAUGACGGCAUUUUGGAGCGAACUCCGAUGUCCGAUUACAAGAAGAUUCCUGUAGGGUGUGAAACCAACAACGGGAAUUGUGACUUUCACGUCAAAUCUGAAGGCAUCACUGGGGAGACGGGUGAUGUUAAUGUUAAUACUGGGUUUGAACAAGGAGAAGCAACCGAUGCCUUGGGAGAUGGAGGCUUGAUCACUGAUACUUGCAACUUAGAGGAUACAACUGCAUUAGGUGUGCAGUUUCCUAAAUCAGUCUGCGUGGAUGGUGAUUUAAAAUUGCCAUCUUGCGUGAAUAAUGGUUCCUUUGCUAGACAUGGGAAUCAUACUAACCUAGGUAGAGAUGAUGAUGAAAAAUUAUAUAGUUAUCAUAAACUUAGCAAUAAAUUUAAGUCGUAUAGGUCUCCAACAAUUCAAAGAAUAAGAAAGUCGCUGUCGUCCAGAUACUGGAAACAAGUUCCCAAGGAUUUUGGACACAAUAGAGCUGAUGUUGGUGUAAAGGCUCUUUACCGCAAAAGAAGGUCAUGUUAUGGAUACAACGCAUGGCAGCGUGAGACCAUUUAUAAGAGGAGAAGAUCAUCUGACAGAAGCUCGGUUGUAACUUCUGAUGGAGGACUCAGUAGUGGAAGUGUUUCCAAGUUACCUGAGAAGCGAGAUGCAGUAAAGCUUAGCAUUAAGUCCUUUAAAAUUCCAGAGCUUUUUAUUGAAGUUCCAGAAACUGCAACAGUAGGAUCACUAAAGAGGACGGUGAUGGAGGCUGUCAGUGUUUUACUCAGCGGUGGAAUACGUGUUGGGGUGUUAGUUCAUGGGAAGAAGGUCAGAGAUGACAGGAAAACUCUGACACAGACUGGGAUUUCAUGUGAUGAGAAUCUAAGCAACCUUGGGUUCACCUUGGAGCCUGGUCCCAGCAAAGUUCCCGUGCCUUUGUGUUCUGAAGAUCCUGUUGUGCCUACCGACCCUAUCAACUUGUCUGAACGGUCUGAGGCUUCUCCCACGUUAGAUUCUGGAAUCCCCAAUGCAGAUGACAUGAUUAAUUCAGGAGAUAUUGUGGACAAUAACCUCGAAUUAGUUCCAUAUCAGAGUGACCUAUCUGUUGAUGAACACUCAUCAGAUUCAAGAGCGCUUGUUCCAGUGCCAGCCUUGGAAGUUAAGGCGCUUGCCAUAGUUCCGUUGAACCAGAAACCUAAGCGUACUGAGCUUGCCCAGCGCAGAACCAGGAGACCCUUCUCUGUGACAGAGGUAGAAGCUCUCGUACAAGCAGUUGAGGAACUCGGGACUGGAAGAUGGCGUGAUGUGAAAUUGCGUGCUUUCGAGAAUGCAGAUCAUCGGACCUACGUGGACUUGAAGGACAAAUGGAAGACGCUGGUUCACACGGCAAGUAUAUCACCGCAGCAACGAAGAGGAGAGCCAGUGCCACAAGAACUGCUAGACAGAGUCUUGAGGGCAUACGGGUAUUGGUCGCAGCACCAAGGAAAACAUCAGGCGAGAGGAGCACCCAAAGAUCAAGACAUGAACAGAAGUCGAGCUCUUGAGUCAGGUGUUUCAGUGUAAAAUGGAGGUAAGUAUUGGUCGGUGGGUGGGUGUACAGAAGAAAACAACAAUAAUCGAAAACUCAAUUUCUGCAAAGAUUAAUUGUCAUUAAUUCUCGCUCUCCUAAAUACGCUUCUUUUUUUUUCUGCUUUGGCAUCUUGUAAAUGACGUCACAUCUGGGAUGAGAUUCGUCCUUAACAACUUUUAGGUUUUCUAUCGUUGUUUCUUUUCUUCACAUUGAUUAUGAUGUGUAAUUUGGUCGGUCCAUGAAAAAAGGGUUUUGUAAUUUUAGACAUUCUUUUAUAUUAUUCUUCUAUCCUUUCUGAUAAGCGAUA